GUGAAUAGCGUGCAUGGAUAACACUCCACCAUCGAAUGUAUGAAUAAAAUCAAACAAUAUGUAAUAAUAAAAUUCAAUUUACACUUUGACUACUCACGUUGGUUGAAGGAAGGCGUUGCUGAAGCGAAUUAGUGAGGAAAGGGAAAAUGGCGGACCUCGAAGACGUUACACUGGACGGGAGGCCGCUACAAUCUCUACGGGUGGCGGAUUUGAAAGCUGCUUUGGAGGAGCGGGGGCUUCCUAAAAGCGGACAGAAAAAUGCUCUCAUUAAGAGGCUCAAAGGGGCUCUCAUGCUGGAGAACCUCCAGAGAACCUCACACCAUCACAUAGGACUGCAGCCAAACUCCCAGAUUGGUGAAGAGAUGAGCCAGAAUAGCUUCAUUAAGCAGUAUCUGGCAAAACAGCAGGAGCUCUUGAGGCAGCGUCUUGAGAAAGAGGCCCGGGAAGCAGUCGAAGAUGAUGAUACAGACCAAGAGGACCACACACAGGGCAAUAACAGCUCUGCCUGUGCUGCCCCAGACCAGGAUGACGUACCCGUGUUGGUUGACCAGCACAAGCCACUUGGCCCCUCCGAGGGAGAGGGACUAGCAGGCCCCGCAAGCGAGGGAGAGGGACACAGGGCCAAAGACGGCCAUGUGUCUGGUCCACCUGCCUCUACCUCGCCUACCUCUGCCCCUGCUGCCGUUGCCUCUCUGUCUGUGUGUGUAGCUGAUGGUGAGCAGCGACCGGAGAGAGUCCCAACCUCUAGCCAAGUCCCAGCAGAUAGCGAUGAUGACAGCGACGGAGGUGACGAGGAUGGCGAGGAUGAGGACUGGGAUAGCGGUGCCAGGAGGAGGAAUCUAGGAGAGCCACCAAGAGGCCAGCUAGCAAGAGAGAGGUCUGAAGGAUCCCGCCACCCCCCACAGCACAUCCCCCCCCUGUUGUCUCCGCAGCUUCGACAGCCUACCCCUCCUCCCUCCCCUCCCCCAGAGUUAUCAUUCCCACUGCCUGAUACCCCUAAACAAAGCCCCCCUAGUCCAGGUGAGCUCCCGGCUAGGCAGCGUACUUCCAGUACCUCCAGCUCUGGCUCCUCUAGCAGUGGCAGUCGUAGUAGCAGUCCAGAACCACAAAGCAACGCAGAGCGCAAGCCUGGCCCACUGACCCUACUGGCACGCAAGAUGGCAUCAGAAGGCGCUUUCUCUGGAGUUGGGUGGCAUGGACGUGGGGAGGCAGAAAGGCAGGACAACAAUGCUGCAACUGCAACAAUAUUUCCUGGUAGAGGUCCUCAAGAGGGCACAGUGUCUGCCAUCACCCACACAGCCAAUGCUGCAGCCAGUUUGCCCUUCCCCAGUCUGGUUCCAGUUACCAACCAGGGUGUCCUUGGAGGCCAUCUAUCCCACAGUCAAGUUCCUGUGAGUGUGCUUAGGCCCACUAUAAUGGAAGAGAGAGAUUCUGCAUGGCAACAAGAAAACAAGGAAAGGGAGCUGCAGGCAGAGAGUGAAAGAGAAAAGGCCCUUGAGCAAGAGAGACUUAGAGCCGUGGAGCUGGAAAGACAGAGAAUAUUUGAGCAACAGCGUGCCAUGGAGCAAGAGAGGGAAAGAGCUUUGGAGCGAGAGAGAGAGGAGAGGGAGAAAGCCUUGGACGCAGAAAGGAAGGAGAGGGAAAGGGCUUUGGAGCGAGAGAGGGAGAAAGCCUUGGAGGCAGAAAGGAAGGAGAGGGAAAGAGCUUUGGAACGAGAGAGGGCGCAAGCUCUUGAACAAGAGCGGGAGGAAAGAGAGAAAGCUUUGGCAGAAGAGAGAGAGAAGUCUCUAGCAAGAGAGAGGGCCCUUGAGCUUGAGAAAGAGAAGGCUGUGGAGUUAGAAAGGCAGAGAGCCAUGGAACAAGAGCAAGCUUUGCAGCAAGAGAGAGAGGAGAGGGAAAGAGCAAUAGAAAGAGCUAAAGCUUUUGAGCGGGAGGAAAGGGAAAGGGCUCUUGAGCGGGAGCAAGCUCUUGAACAAGAAAGGGUGGAGACAGCGAGAGCUUUGGAGCGAGAAAGGGUGGAGAGGGAGAAAGCCUUGGAGCGAGAGAGACAGGAAAGAGAGAGAGCCUUGGAGCGAGAACAGUUGGAGAGGGAGAAAGUGUUGGAGAUGGAGCGUAUAGAGAGGGAAAAGGCUUUGGAGCAAGAGCGAGUUGAGAAGGAGAAAGCUUUGGAGCUAGUGAGGCAGAAAGCUUUGAAGCGGGAACAGGAGGAGAGGGAAAAGGCGUUGGAGCUAGAGAGGCAGAAAGCGUUGGAGCUAGAGAAGCAGAAAGCGUUGGAGCUAGAGAGGCAGAAAGCGUUGGAGCUAGAGAGGCAGAAAGCGUUGGAGCUAGAGAGGCAGAAAGCGUUGGAGCUAGAGAGGCAGAAAGCGUUGGAGCUAGAGAGGCAGAAAGCGUUGGAGCUAGAGAGGCAGAAAGCGUUGGAGCUAGAGAGGCAGAAAGCGUUGGAGCUAGAGAGGCAGAAAGCGUUGGAGCUAGAGAGGCAGAAAGCGUUGGCGCUAGAGAGGCAGAAAGCGUUGGAGCUAGAGAGGCAGAAAGCGUUGGAGCUAGAGAGGCAGAAAGCGUUGGAGCUAGAGAGGCAGAAAGCGUUGGAGCUAGAGAGGCAGAAAGCGUUGGAGCUAGAGAGGCAGAAAGCGUUGGAGCUAGAGAGGCAGAAAGCGCUGGAGCUCGAGAGGCAGAAAGCGCUGGAGCUCGAGAGGCAGAAAGCGUUGGAGCUCGAGAGGCAGAAAGCGCUGGAGCUCGAGAGGCAGAAAGCGCUGGAGCUCGAGAGGCAGAAAGCGCUGGAGCUCGAGAGGCAGAAAGCGCUGGAGCUCGAGAGGCAGAAAGCGCUGGAGCUCGAGAGGCAGAAAGCGCUGGAGCUCGAGAGGCAGAAAGCGCUGGAGCUCGAGAGGCAGAAAGCGCUGGAGCUCGAGAGGCAGAAUGCGCUGGAGCUCGAGAGGCAGAAUGCGCUGGAGCUCGAGAGGCAGAAUGCGCUGGAGCUCGAGAGGCAGAAUGCGCUGGAGCUCGAGAGGCAGAAAGCGCUGGAGCUCGAGAGGCAGAAUGCGCUGGAGCUCGAGAGGCAGAAUGCGCUGGAGCUCGAGAGGCAGAAAGCGCUGGAGCUCGAGAGGCAGAAAGCGCUGGAGCUCGAGAGGCAGAAAGCGCUGGAGCUCGAGAGGCAGAAAGCGCUGGAGCUCGAGAGGCAGAAAGCGCUGGAGCUCGAGAGGCAGAAAGCGCUGGAGCUCGAGAGGCAGAAAGCGCUGGAGCGGGAACAGGAGAGGCAGAAAGCGCUGGAGCAAGAGCGAGUUGAGAAAGCUUUGGAGCUAGAGAGGCGGAAAGCUUUGGAGCGGGAACUGGAGGAGAGGGAGAAAGAUAGGGAGGAGAAGGCAAGGGCUUUGCAGCAAGAAAUAAUUGAAAGGGAGAAAGCCCUUGAGAAAGAAAGAGCCAUGGAGAAAGAAAGAGUGGAGAGGGAAAAAGCUUUGGAACGUGAGAGAGAGAAGGAGAGGGCUUUAGAACAGAGAGAAAAAGAGGAGAGGGAGAGUGUUUUGGAACAAGAUAAGGAAAGGGCUAAGGUGGCUGAGAGGGAGAGUCAUCUUCCUCCAUGGAAACGUGGUCGUGAGAUUGGUCUUACCCCCCUGCCCACUCCUCCCCUCUCCACAGGAGCAGGUAGAAUGGCGGCAACAGAGGAGGGUGGGGAGCCCCACGUGCCAUCCCUACCCCAAACAGCAUCGAGAGACAACCAGCCAGCUGAAUCUGGUACGCCCCUGUCACCAACUAUAGCAACGCCUCUGUCACCCCAGUCCUCCUUCAAGAAGUUCCGUUUCUUGAGAGACCCCCCAGUUCUGUCCCCAUCUUGCUCUGCAUCCCUGGUCAUCAAGAGGUCCCGUACGUUCUCUGACAGCCCCCAUCCUCAGGCCUCAGCUCUCCAGUCCCCAAGAAAACCUGGGGAACAAGAGCAGGAAAGUACUCUGCAGGGGCCCAAGCUUUCUGCUGGACAGGCAGCAUCACAGAUACCUGCAAGACAGGGGUUCCUUGUUUCCGGACCAACUGCAGCAGACACGUCUGACACGACAGGGCCAGAGAUCCCAGUGAUUGCCACACUAGGCAAGAGUGCUGAAAAAGAAAAGGCUAAGGAGCUUGCGUCAGAGGAGCAUGUCCUAGCAGAUAAGGAGACAGACAAACAGAAAGUGGGAGAGCUGGCCAGAGGUGCUAAAGGGGUGGAUGCAGGAAACGUCCCCUCGGGUCCAGCAGAAUCUGUGAUGCCUCCCUCACCCCCACCGGAAGUGGGCAAUGUAGACCGGGGAAGGGAGAGAAGUCAAAAGAAACAAGAGAAGCGGGGAAGACGAGCUUCCUCAUCUAGUGACUCCUCAGAUUCUGACUCUGGGUCAUCCUCCUCACAUUCGUCUGGUUCAUCUUCGUCCUCCCAGGGCAAAACCCGCACCACUCCCAGUGGUAGAAAGCCUGAGAAACCUCAGACAAAAACCAUAUCCCAGGAUAAGGAGACAGUUAGUCAACUUGAGGAGUCAAAUGAGUCCCCAAAAGCCCCCCAGCGCAAAAAUCGAGGAUCUGGGGAGAAGGAAGAGAAGGACAUGACCAUCGAUGGAGCCAGACACGGCAAGAAACCUUUCGUUGGAAUACCUGCUGGGCAAGACAAGGAGCAGAAGAAGGACAGCGAGGGAGAGGAGGAAAUGACAGACACUACAAGGGAGGUGAAGGAGGCUGCCAUGGCUGAGCCUGAGCGGGCUCCUGAGAGCAGUGAGGAGAGUCUGACACCAAAGGCAUUCACAGCCCGUAGGAUCUCUCUUAGCAGCAGCAAGGCCUCUCCAGGUGUCGUCAGUGCAGAGGGCGAGGCAGAGUCUGGGGCCGGGCCCGGGAGGAAGAGGAGGUGGGGUUCCAGCACUGCAGUCACAGCCAAGAAACCAUCCAUCAGCAUCACCACAGACUCUCUGAAGUCUCUGAUCCCAGACAUCAGGCUGAGUCCAGGACAGGAGGCGGUGGUGGAUCUGCACCCAGAGGAAACUCACCUCUCUGGGGGAGAGGAGGACAGGGAGCAGGGCGAGCAAGACUUCAAGAUCAGACGCACUGUCACACAGGUGGUCCUGUCCGAGACCCAGGAGAAUGGACCGAAGGAGUCCAAGAGGAGUGAAAACAUGGAGGACAGAGAGGAUGGAGUGGAGGUUAAAAGCGACAGAGAGGAGAAGAUGGACGACUCAUUCCAGAGAGACUCCAUGGAGACACGAUCCCCCUCUCCCCCCAUCCAUGACAUGGAGAUGAACACAGUGACCCCAAGUGACACCCUGAUCCGUCGCUCCAUCAGCCAGCAGAAGUCUGGCGUGUCCAUCACCAUAGACGACCCUGUCCGCACGGCCAAGCAGCCCUCUCCUCCACGAGGCAAAGUGUCCAACAUCGUCCACCUGUCCAACCUGGUUCGGCCGUUCACCCUGGGUCAGCUGAAGGAGCUGCUCAGCAGGACUGGCACUGUGCUGGAGGAUGGCUUCUGGAUCGACAAGAUCAAAUCUCACUGCUACGUCACCUACUCCAGUGCAGAGGAGGCAGUGGCCACUCGUGCAGCACUACAUGGGGUGAAAUGGCCUCAGAGCAACCCCAAGUUCCUCAGUGUGGACUUCAGUCAGCAAGAGGAGCUUGAUUUCCACAGAGGCUUGCCACCCCCUGGGGGGGCUGGAGAGGAGGAGCGGGGGGCUUCGUCGGUGCCUGGCCGAGGUCGGGGGGCGGCCCUGCCCCCUCUCCUGCCCGAGCGUGACCAGUGGGCGGAGCGAGAGCGUGAGAUGGAGCGCAGGGAGAGGACCCGGGCAGAGAGGGAGUGGGACAGGGACAAGGUACGGGACUUUGGUCCCGGAAAACCUGGAGAGGAGGCGGGCCCCAGACGAUCGCGCUCCAGAGAGAGGAAGCGCAAGGAGAAGGGCAAGAGCAAGGAGAGGAAGACAAACAAGAAAGAGAAAGCUGCAGAGGAAGCCCCUGCCAAACUGCUGGAUGACCUGUUCAAUAAAACCAAAGCAGCCCCUUGUAUAUACUGGCUCCCCCUCACAGAAGAGCAGUUUACACAGAGGGAAGUAGCUCGACAAGAGAGGAGGAAGGAGCGAGAGAAGAGGAGGAAGGAGCAGCAAGAGGAGGAGGAGAAGAAAAGGGAGGAAGAGCGCAAAGAGAGGAUAAAAGCAGGGAGUAGCGCAUCUGGCGAAAGAGGCGAGGGGGACAGGGACAGAGAGCGAGACAGGGAGAGGGGCAAAGACAGGGACCGAGACAGAGAGGGUGACAAACGCAGAGAAAGCAGCCACCGCAGACCAGGGGGCAACAGUGCAGGGGUGGGCAGACGCUCUCGCAGCCGCAGUGAUCCUCCACCUCGUGACAGACGACGCUAGAGGGAAUUGGUGUGGCUGGAACUGUCUUAAAAUAACCCCCCAUUCCCCAUCACUACAUGUACUUUGUUAGAACUAAGACCCUACAGAGGACCAACACACUGACACACAUACAAACAUAUAUAUAUACACACACACACACACACACACACACACACAGGGACCAUGGUUUGAGCAUUGUUUCCCCCAGACUGCAGUCUGUCUUGCUUCAGUCUGAAAGUUUAGAUUUUAUAUGUGUUCAUUUUGCCUAAGUAUAUUCUUAUUUGUUUUUAAAAUAUUCUUGGCAGAUUGGCAACCAACCCUUUUCCCCUUAUUUCCCCCCCAUGCAUAUCUGAAGAGUAAGUGCUCUAUGUAGAGUUCUAUGCAUACACACACAGCGGUUUUUCUCCUUCCCCUGUGUUGUGUAUUCCACAACUGGUUUCUGUGGGGUGCUUUGUCAUGGCUGCGUGCUGUACCAGUCAGUCUGCCGUCCUCCACCUUGAUUCCUGUGGAGGACUGAUGGUGUUGCGCAAAGUUCUGUCUUUGUUUAGUUUGAAAGAUGAGAGACUAUAUUCUCUGCAAGAGAUUAGAAUCUUCUAUACGCUUCUUUCUGUCCAUCCUUUGCCUCUCCCCCCCCCCCCCCCGGUCAACGCAGGCUGGAAAAGGGGUGCAUAUUAAAACUCCACACAAGCGGAUUUAAUAUUGUUUUUAAUCAUUAUUAAAGAUUACUUUAUUGUUUUUUUGGUUUGUUUUUUUGGUUUACCCCUGUAAGUGGUGAAUGUACAAAUAAAUAAAAAAAGAAGUUUGAAAAAUC